AUUACAAACCACAGAAUCUCCUCCUUUGUAGAGGUCUGACUGAGGGGGAUCAAUCAACUCGAUCAGUGAGAUAUUGAUUAUUAAUGAGGUUCUUUGGAUGUGUGUUCGCCACACCCUCGAUGCGCAGCACUGACUCACAUUGCGCACAUUCACACCGAAAAACAACAGUGAACCCUCGACAGCACACAUCAGCCAUGGGAGAAUCAGAGACGCGUCAGAGACUGCUGCGCACCGUGAAGAAGGAGGUGAAGCAGAUCAUGGAAGAGGCCGUGACCCGCAAGUUUGUGCAUGAAGACAGCAGCCACAUAUAUUCGUUCUGUGGUGUGGUCGAAGCGUGUGUGCUUCACGGGCUGAAACGGCGAGCCGCCGGAUUCCUGCGCAGUAACAAGCUGGCAGCUCUGUUCACGAAGGUGGGGAAGAUGUUACCUCCGGCUGAAGAGCUGAGCAGAAAGGUCCAGCAACUGGAACGAAUCAUCGAGACCAAACAAAACCAGGGCCGGAUGAGUCAAGACAGCGUCAGAAAACAGUGCAGACCGCCCAACCUGUCACCGCUGGCCAUCAAACACCUGUGGAUCCGCACAGCGCUCACAGAGAAGGUGCUGGACAAAAUCGUCCUUUAUUUGGUGGAGAACAGCAGCAAGUUCUAUGAACGGGAAGCUCUGCUGAGGGACCCAGUCGACGGUCCAAUUCUUGCAUCUUUGCUUGUCGGUCCCUGUGCUUUGGAGUACACAAAAGCAAAGACGGCCAACCACUUCUGGACGGAUCCGUCGGCUGAUGAAUUGGUGCGAAGACAUCGUAUUCACAUCGGUCACUGCCGGCAAAACUCGCCCACUAAACGGCCAGCGCUCAUUCAGAAACGUCAGUCGAGUGGCAGUAUGGAAGACCGACCGUCUCUCUGGGCUCGGGAUUAUGUGGAAUCCCUCCAUCAGAAUUCCAGAGCCACGUUACUCUUCGGAAAGAACAAUGUCCUGGUGCAGCCUACGGAUGAUAUGGAAGCGAUCCCAGGAUACUUCUCUCUUCAUCAGACGGCCGAUCUGAUGACGCUGAAGUGGACUCCAAACCAGCUGAUGAACGGCAACAUGGGGGAGUUUGAUUAUGAGCAAAGUGUGUAUUGGGAUUAUGCCAUGACUAUUCGUCUCGAGGAAAUCGUGUAUUUGCACUGCCAUCAACAAGUGGACAGUGGUGGUACGGUGGUCUUGGUCAGCCAAGAUGGAAUCCAGAGACCACCGUUCCGAUUCCCAAAAGGAGGUCAUCUCUUGCAGUUCCUCACGUGUCUGGAAACAGGCCUUCUUCCUCAUGGACAGUUAGAUCCUCCGCUGUGGUCACAACGAGGAAAGGGAAAGGUGUUCCCAAAACUGCGUAAAAGAAGUCCUAAUGGAUCCUGUGAGUCAUUCUCAGACAAAGAUGAAGAUGAAGCCACUGACUAUGUUUUUCGGAUAAUAUACCCGGGCAGUCAGGAGUUUGUGGCACCAGAAUUCAUGGAUCAGACAGUGAACAUGUGGCAGCCCACGCCCAGGAAGUCGUCUUGCUCUUCCUGUUCUCAGAACGGAUCAUCUGAUGGCGGACUUCCUAAUGGAUGCAAUCAUGAAAGGGCGCCACUGAAGUUACUCUGCGAGACCAUGAAACACCAGAUCAUUUCUCGUGCUUUCUACGGCUGGUUGGCGUACUGCCGUCACCUGUCCACCGUCCGCACACACCUGUCAGCUCUAGUCAACUUCACCAUUGUUGAGCCUGAUAUCCCUUAUGAUGCUAAAGGAGGACUCUCAGCAGAAGUGUGGAAAGCGUUCCUACAGGACAGCGCUACUUAUGGCGAAGAGGAACUUCUGCGUCUGGUGUAUUAUGGUGGUGUAGAGCCGUCUCUGCGUAAAGAGGUCUGGCCCUUCCUGUUAGGACACUAUCAAUUCACCAUGACACUUCAAGAACGGAAAGAGGUGGAUGAGCAGAUUCGAGUGUGUUACGAGCAGACGAUGAGCGAGUGGUUGGGAUGUGAAGCCAUCGUACGACAGCGUGAGAAGGAACAGCACGCCGCGGCUCUCGCUAAAUGUGCGCCGGGCGCUAGCGUGGACCGCGAAUCGUGCCACGACUCCACCAUCAGCACGGAUUCGUCGCAGGGCAGCAGCUCAGAUAAACACAGUCACGCUUGUUCAAAGAGCGACUCCAGCAGCAGCACUCAGGUAUUUGGGUCUGUUGAUGAGGUGGACCCAAUUGAAUCCGAGCCCAAACCAAAAGAUGAGAAGCCGCAGCCCAAAAUUCCCAACGGAGCUCUCCCAAACUGCUCCAGUUCUCCGGACUCUGGCCAUCCAUCAUCUCGUAACUUCUCUGUGACCUCCGGUAUGUCAGACUGCUCUCCGAGCACCGAGGAGGCUUCAACACAAGAGUCUGGACCCAAAACCACAGCUCAAGAACCUUCGGUUGCGACCUCAGAGGUUCCGUCUGAAGUUCACAGCAGUUCCGACCCGGAAGACGAGUCCAAAGAGGAGCUAUUGCAAAACAUCUCCACCGCUCGGGACACAGCGAAUGAAGAUACUGCCAUUUCACAAACAGAGAGCAUUACUUCGGAUGUUGAGUUGGUUAAACCUCCAGUAAGUGGCAAACGACAAACCUCUGAUGCUGAAGAAUCAUGUAGGACUGAAGCACACAAGUCAGUAGUUCCCGAAGAAGGUCCAAACUCAAGAAAUGCAACUCAUGGUGCAGGAAACACUGAACCUAAAAUGCAUCCCCGCCCUGAAACUGAAGCCAGAAAACCUUCACAUGACAAUGAAAAUGAGCGUGAACUUCAAUCAUCAAAAGAUCCAAUUGAAGAAAUGAUCAAGGUUGAGGGAUGUGUCACUUCAGCGUCUGUAGAAGACAACACAAGCUCAAAGACUGACCAGACGGCUGAUUUAGCAGUUGAGGAACGCAAUGACACUGACUCCAAAUGUAGUGAUCCAGGCCUGAAAGAGGACGUCAAUAUCUCUCAAACGGAUGAAAACAAGAAUGAACACAGAACCUCUGAGAUGACCGGCAACCCUGAGGAGAACAUGUCUACAAACGUCUCCGAACGUUCAUCGGAGCCAAACACCCCAAUGGAUGCUGACAACUCCACCACACCACAAAUGACCCACUGGGAUUCUGAUCGCAGUAGAGCCACAUCAAUAAUCAAACAAAUGACCGAAUCGGAGUCGGAAAGCUGUGGUCCGAUCACCUCACCAUCAAAACAAUCUCCAGAUAUGUCCGACGACUCGCCUUCGGCCUUGGAAAUGGAGGAGAUUUCUUCGUCUGUAGUUCACAUGCCGUCGGAGUGUAACAUAUUGAAGACGCCUCUUACAAUGGCUCGUCCCACGCCGGUGUCGACCUCGGGGGAGAUAUCGGCCAUGCAAAUGCCAGCGUUGGAGAUCUGCACAGAGCCCGGUGUGAACAUGAGCCCGGAGGGAACGGAACCUGUGCUCUCCGAGGAAGAACCGGAGACGGAGAACUUGUUUCCCAAACCAGACUCUCUGGCGGUCACAGGAGAACACAAUAAUGUCAUCGCAUCUCCGGUGUCGUCAAUUGGAACCACUUACUCACAAGAACUAGUAGACCUGUACACACUCAAUCUACACCGUAUUGACAAAGACGUCCAGCGAUGUGAUAGAAACUUCUGGUAUUUCACUCCGGCCAACCUCGAGAAACUACGCAACAUCAUGUGCAGUUAUGUGUGGCAGCAUCUUGACAUCGGUUACGUCCAGGGAAUGUGUGAUUUACUUGCACCCCUGCUGGUCAUUCUGGAUGAUGAGGCGACGGCUUUCAGCUGCUUCACGGAGCUCAUGAAGAGAAUGAAUCAGAACUUUCCUCACGGUGGCGCUAUGGACACCCACUUCGCCAACAUGCGCUCACUCAUCCAGAUUCUGGACUCUGAACUGUUCGAGCUCAUGCAGCAGAACGGAGAUUACACACACUUUUACUUCUGUUACCGCUGGUUCCUCCUAGACUUCAAGAGAGAAAUGGUGUAUGACGACGUGUUCUCUGUAUGGGAGACCAUCUGGUCCGCCCGCUACGCCUCAUCCGGGCACUUUGUACUCUUCAUCGCGCUGGCUUUGGUGGAGCUGUACCGCGACAUCAUCCUGGAGAACAACAUGGACUUCACGGACAUCAUCAAGUUCUUCAACGAAAUGGCUGAGCGUCAUGACGUCCCAAAGCUGCUGGUGAUGGCGCGAGACUUGGUCCACAAAGUCCAGAUUCUCAUUGAGAAUAAGUGAUUCGGUUUCACUCUCAUUUUGCCCUGCAUUAGGAA